UCCAUACAUAAAUACAUUAAUUUUCUUUCAAUAUCCUAUGUACUCCAAUGGAGGUAGUAGCACUAUCAACAGCAACAUGGUCUCUACCUCCUCCCCCUCCUCCUCCUCAACCUCUCACCUCUCCAUCUCCUCCUCUCUCCUCUCUCCUCUUCAAGAGCUCUCCAUUGAAGAAGCAACAACCUUAUCUCCACAUCUCCUUUAAGAAGGAGAGGAGGUACGUUCUCACCCCUUUGAGGUGCUCACUUGGUGAGAGCCCAUCAACUGCUUCUUCUUCUUCUUCUUCUUCUUCUUCUGCUUCGGAAAGAUGGCUUCUUGAGCCUGCAGGUGAUGGGGAUUCACGGCACAUCGGAUACCGCGUUCCACUUCCUGAUGCAUUUGAAGUAGCUUCAGAUACAGUGACUGUCGGUCGCCUUCCAGAGAACGCAGAUGUAGCCAUCCCUGUUGCCACUGUCUCUCGUAUUCAUGCCCGGCUUGAGAAAAAGAAGGGGAAUUUAUUCGUCACAGAUUUGGACAGCACAAAUGGAACAUAUAUUGGUUACGAGAAGCUUAAACCUGGUGCCGCCACGAAUGUACCCCCUGGGAGCUACAUAACUUUUGGUGAUAUCCACCUGGCUAUGUUUCGCGUUUCGAAGAUCGGAGUUGAUGCUGCUGCUGCAGAAGCAGGAGAGGUACCUGCUGCAGUUGAAACUUUGGAACAAACCAGCUGAGAGUCGAAGCCUUGUUCUUGUUCGAGUCGAUCUGUUUUCAUCUUGUUUAUUUUUGCAUGUAAUAUUAUCAAAUAAGCCCUUCAGUUCUGUGAAUUCUGAGAAGGGUUUUUUCGCCCGUGCUGUGUUAUGUUGUCAGGAUAAUUUAGUCUCGAAUAAAGUACGUCGGAUGUAAUUAAUAUGCGAAAGGGAAAUGAAAAAUUCUCAUUGGUGUCUGCUUAUAUGAUCGGAA